UUAAUUAGCCGUAUAGCUAAACUAAAGCAACUUGACAUAUGUAAGCAUAUAUGCGAAAGUGAUUUAAUUAGCAGUAUAAAUCAGUACAAAUCAGGGGCAACGUGUCGAUUAGUGUGUAAGAGUAAGAGGAUUAGCCUUGGGUUUAUGUUUUGCCCGUAUAAAAUGGUUGACAAAAUAGCAACAAAUUACUCAGAAAGAAGUGCUACUUUCAGCUUUGGUGGAGGCUUUGGCGGAUCAACAAGAGAGGAUACCCGAGAUGUGAUUAAAGAGCAAGAUCGAUUGCUACCGAUUGCAAAUGUGGGUCGAAUCAUGAAGCAAAUACUCCCGAGUAAUGCAAAGAUCUCGAAAGAAGGAAAAGAGACCAUGCAAGAAUGUGUGUCUGAGUUCAUCAGCUUUGUCACUGGAGAAGCAUCUGACAAGUGUCACAAGGAGAAGCGCAAGACUGUGAAUGGAGAUGAUAUAUGUUGGGCUUUGGGGAGCCUAGGGUUUGAUGACUAUGCGGAGCCACUGAAGAGGUAUUUGCAUAGAUAUAGAGAGCUGGAAGGGGAGAAAGCGAAUCAACAUCAUAGGGGAGGAGGCAACAUUAACAUGAACCAUAAUAUUCAAGAAAUUUUCGAAGAGGCGUCGAAUCAACCAGCAGCACCGAAUUGAGAUUAUUAUGGAACAAGACAAGUCAGAUCUAUGAUGUUCCAAUAACUAAUUAAGAUCUGUGGCUUAAUUAACACUUGGGCUAAGAAUUGCAAUCUUUAGGCUUAUGAAGCAGGUUUCACCUCUGAUUAAUCUAUAUAUAUCCUCUCACAACUAUAUGUUAUUUGUAUCUCAGCUUGUUCUUGUGUCUGAUCCUGUGUUUGGCUGUACAUCGAACAUUAACUUCAUUGUUUACUUUUGAUAUGUAACUCCUUUCCUGCUUGCUAGCAAUUCUUGUCUGGAAUUGUGUAAAUGUAUAGCACAGGGCUCUAGGGCUCAAAGCUCUUGAGCUGUUUUGUGUAACAUUUAACAUUGUGGCUAGACUACUCCUUUUUUUUUUUU